AUGUUCCAGUGGAACCGACAAGGCCAAGCCGCACUGGCGUGGAUGUCAUCAUAUGUAGUUAAGAAACGUCGCUCUAUCGAGAAGUACAUCGACGGCGCCGCUGAUGCGGACAACAAGGCGUCAUCGGAUAUGAUGUCUGUUCGUUUAGAGCGCGAGUACCAGUGGCGCAUCAAGCAACAAAACCGCGAUUACCACUGGCGCAUCGUGAACAGCGUCGCGAAAUGA